GUAUUGGAGCUCAUUUAAUGGAAGAACCAGAAAUUGUCAGAGAUAUGAUUAGAACGAUUAAAGGUAGUGGAUUGAAUAUACCGAUUUCUAUAAAGAUUAGAAUUCAUAAUGAUUUAAAAAAAACUCACGAAUUUGUAAAACGUGCGGAAGUCGCUGGAUUAGAUUUCAUAACUGUCCAUGGUAGAACGCGUCGUGCAAAAUCAUCUUCACCCGUCAAUGUUAUGGCAAUAAAAUUAUGUAAAGAAUCAAUAAAUAUUCCAUUAAUAGCUAAUGGUGAUGUGUUUUCAUUAAAAGAUGCAGAUAAAUUAUACGAGGUUACCAAGUGUGAUGGAGUUAUGAGUGCAAGAGGUUUAUUAAAGAAUCCUACACUUUUCACGGGACUUGAAUAUACAUCUUGGAAUUGUAUAGAGAAAUUUGUUAAACUUUCUAUUGCUUAUGGAACAAAUCAUUUCAUUUUUCAUCAUCAUUUGUGA